UGGAUGGUCAGCCUCCCCUCCUUCCCCUUCUACCACCAUCCCUCCUCCUUUUGCCUGCUGCCCGCCCUCCGCCGCUUCUCUUCCAACGCAACAAUGCCGCCCCUCUCGCUUGUCGGGACUGUCAUCCGCUCGGCCAUGCAGAAGACCGUCACCGUGGAGGUUCCCCGCUACUACAACCACCAUCUUUACCGCAAGGCUAUCCUCUCCAAGAAGAAGUACCUUGUGCACGAUGAGAAUGGCUCUUGCGAGGUGGGUGACCGCGUUCGGAUUGAGAACUGCCGCCCGAUUAGCAAGCGCAAGACCUUCCGUGUGACCGACAUCAUCGAGAAGGUCCCGAAGUAUGUUUGCCCAGAGACUGGCCAGGUCUUCACCCCGUUCAACAUCCACCAUUCUCAGCACGAUUGAGAAACUCCUUUCUCCCUUCCUCUGCCAUGUGUUCCUUCGGGUUCCUGGAGAGCAUCUCUCUGUGUCCCCCUUUUCCAGCAUGUUGUCGCGACCUGCCUUCCUCCCCCCCCCCCCACCCCGCAAGUUGGCCCCGACUCGCGUGCCCCUUUCCCAUCGCUCUCCUUUCUUCAGUUUCCUUCCCCCUCCUAUAGAGUCCCCCAGACACACCCGCCCGCACAUACUUUGCCUUGUCAGCUUGCGGCAUCGCUCUCUCUCUCUCUCUCUCUC